AUGCCGCACCAAGAUGGCCCAACGGCCGACGACUGGCCGGACGAGCACCUCACCGAACAAACCACCAAUAGCACCGGCCAUGGGCGGACUCCCCGGCGUGCGCAUUAUCAUGAGAGGGGACUCAACACCGGGGUCCGGGUAAUGGAUGAUGGCCGCCUGGACAUCAAGAUCCGCGAACGCAAACCCUGGGUAUCAAAAAUCAUCAAACACCUCCAACAGCAACCAGAACCCCUCCGCGAAGAGCGCAAACCAUCUGUCUGCUUUAUUGAAGAUGGGAAACCCCCCUGUGCCUUAAAACUCAACAUCGUCAUCCAAGUCGUCGGCUCCCGCGGUGACGUCCAGCCCUUCAUUGCCCUAGGCAAGGUCCUCAAGUCCCACGGCCAUCGCGUCCGUCUCGCCACACAUCUCGCCUUUCGUGAAUCCAUCGAGCAUGAGGGUCUCGAGUUCUUUAAUAUCGGCGGCGAUCCAGCCGAGUUGAUGGCGUUCAUGGUGCGGAAUCCGGGCCUGAUGCCGCAUAUGAGUACCCUGCGUAGCGGGGCGAUUCCUCGCCGGAGGCGCGAAAUGAAGGCUAUAUUUUCGGGAUGUUGGCGCUCGUGCUAUGAGACGGGUGAUGGAACAGGGUUGCAUCAUAUUCCGGAGGAUCCGUGGAGUGAGACGGCGGAUUAUCGCACGAUGCCGUUUGUGGCCGAUGCUAUUAUUGCGAAUCCGCCGAGUUUUGUUCAUUUGAGCUGUGCGGAGAAGUUGGGGAUUCCGUUGAAUAUGAUGUUUACAAUGCCCUGGUCGGCAACACAGUCUUUCCCUCACCCGCUGGCAACGAUCCGCACGAAGAACACCAAACCCUCCGCUGCGAAUUUUGCUUCGUAUGCCAUUGUCGAAAUCCUUAUGUGGGAGGGCCUGGGGGAUCUGAUUAACUCUUUUCGGAAGCGUGAGCUGGGGCUGGAUCCGUUAGACGCUAUUCGGGCACCGAGUAUUGCGCACCGGUUGCGUAUCCCAUACACUUAUCUCUGGUCGCCAGCCCUCCUCCCCAAACCCGGAGACUGGGGCGAUAAUAUAGACAUCACCGGCUUCUCCUUCCUCUCCUCGGGCUCGGACUACACACCCCCCGACGACCUGGCGAAUUUCAUCAAAUCUGGACCUCCCCCAAUCUACGUCGGGUUCGGCUCCAUCGUCGUAGACAACCCGGGUUCACUAACAAAGAUCGUCUUCCAAGCCAUCCGCGAAAGCGGACAACGAGCAAUCGUCUCCAAAGGAUGGGGAAACCUCGGAGCCGACGAAGACGAUAUCCCAGAGAACAUCUUCAUGAUCAGUAAAAGCCCACAUGACUGGCUCUUCCAGCACGUCUCCUGCGUCAUUCACCACGGCGGAGCGGGCACCACCGCUGCCGGACUGGUACUGGGCCGUCCGACCAUCAUCAUCCCGUUUUUCGGCGAUCAGCCGUUCUGGGGCUCGAUCGUGGCUCGCGCUGGCGCUGGCCCGCUGCCUAUUCCACAUAAGCAGCUGACGGUGGAAAAGCUGACGAAUGCGAUCAAGCAAGCGCUUGAGCCUGAGACGUUGGAGAAGGCAAAAGAAAUUGGGAAGGAGAUGCGUAAGGAGCGGGGGGUGCAGAAUGCCGCUGCUAGCUUUUAUCAGCAUCUAGAUGUGCAGACUAUGCGGUGCUCUAUUUGUCCGGAUCGGCCGGCUGUGUGGUGGGUGAAGCAUUCGCAUAUUAAGUUGAGUACGUUUGCUGCGGCGGUGUUGGUGGAGACAGGGUUAAUUAGUCCGCGGAACGUUGUUCUAUAUCGUUCACACGAAUACGACACGAAUCGAGAUCCUAGAGGCCCAUUGACAGCCGGUGCGGAGGUUCUCUACGGCAUAGUCUCGGGGUUCGCCAGUGGCAUCGCGGAGGUCCCCAGCGGAAUGAGAGGCAUAUUCUCGACGACGCAUGAGCGACGACUGCAUCACAAGCACGACUGGAAAAAAGCGCGUCGGCCAUCCUGUCUUGAUGAAUUGAAUACCCCUCGUCACCGUCAUCGGCGAACGGAAACGUCCCUUGAUUCUGGUGUCGGGGCUGAUGUGGUGCCAAAUGGUGACAGUCAGCACCCAGGAACUGGAAGCCAAGGCCAGUAUGAGCACGGUGAUCCCCGCGAGGACCUAUCCUCCAACGAGGACUCCCGAGAAUCGACUGAAUCCGACGAAGCGUAUCACUCCGCUGGGGAGGAGAUUCACCGAGAUCAGGCCGUUUCCGACCGUCAGCAAAAUGUAAACGGGGCUACCAACAGCCCCAGCAGUGGUGAUCCAUCAAGCCCGCCCAUAAGCAGCUCCGAUACUGAUACGUUCGACACAACGGAUGACGAUAUGGGCGCGGAGCUCGAUCUCGAGCGAACCGUAACUCGACUGCGGUCGAGGGAAAUGUCCCAUACAAAGGAAAUAUUGGCCGAGACGUCCUAUCACAGUGCCAGGGCGACAAAGCAUAUUCUGGAUUGGCUCCUUCUGUUGCCUACCGAUUUGACUUUGAGUCUGACGAAAGGGUUUCAUAAUGCCCCGAAAUUGUAUCACGAUACCUUGGUGGAAGAAUCGCCACGAGUGCUUGGAGUGAGGAGUGGGUUUCGUGCUGCAGGAACGGAAUUCACUCAUGGAUUUUACAAUGGCAUUACUGGACUUGUCACGCAGCCCGUGGUCGGGAUGGAAAAGGCUGGUGGGAAAGGAUUAUUGAAAGGUAUUGGUAAAGGCGUAGGAGGUGUCUUCCUCAAACCCACUGCUGGCCUUUGGGGUUUGGCGGGCUACCCGCUGGACGGGAUGCACAAGAGUCUCCGCAACUCGCUCUCCAAGAGCAAAACGAAAGAUAUCCUGACAUCGCGAAUAAGACAGGGUAUUGAGGAGAUGUGUGCAGCUACCACGCAGCAACGAUCCCUGGUGAUCCAGAAAUGGCAUGAGUUGCAGCCAACGGGGCUGAGGCAUGAGCAUGGGCAUGAACAUGGCUCGUAG